AUGGCUAUCCCUUCCACUUUCGAUGAGCUUAAAUUGCAUCUUGCCAAGGUCCAGGAAGACCCAUCGACCUCCUUGGAUAUCACCCUCAUCGACCGACUGAAGCUACAGCUCGUUGAAUCCACCGACCCUGUUGUCCCCGCCACGCUCUUAUCGCAGAUAUCAGCUCUUUUGCCUGUCCUGCAAGAAGACCCUACGCCGCUCACUACUCUCGCCGUUAAAACUACGACCUACUUCAGCUUCACAGAUCUUCGCGCUGUCGAUCCGCCGAUUAAUCUUGUUGCUGGUUUAAAGGCUCCGUCCCCGCCCGUCAACCUUCUUGCUCUGUCUUUGCUGGCCAAGGCAGGACAGAUAUCCAGUGAUGCAGCCAUAGUCGCAGGAGAUUCGGGUUUGGUCGCUUCCCUGGUGGAAUUAUGGUUGUCUACCUCUUCGACGGCGGUUGCACAGGCGGCACUCGAUGCGCUGUGGACUCUCUUGGAAGUUGACGUGGCUAGUCCUCUCGAAAAAGGCGAAUACGAUCACACGGGCGAAGAUUGCCACCCUGGGCAGGGCCUUAUGUGGAGAAGGCUGUUUACGGACAAGGAUGUAUAUGGGGUCUUAUUUUCUCUGUGCAGUCUGCAACCUGAUGCGCCAGGCGACUUAUCCAAACGCGAACGGACCUUGGCUCAGGGAAGGCUGAUGGGGCUCCUGGUGAAGGCAGGCCGUUUACGCUGGGAUAUCAUUUCGAAAUCGCAUGUGCCAGAGAUUGAGAUGAAAUAUCACAGCAAGAGCCUGCUACACUUCGCCGCCUGCCAGAUGGUUGACCAGAGCGAUGUGUUGCUGCACAUGACGCUUCUAAAUUUCUACCGGGACCUGUUGGAAAUCGACGCACCCGGCCUCGCUGCCCGAAGCUAUGUGCAGUCUGCCUCGACCUUUUCGUCUCCUGCUCUCGACUUCCUCAUUUCAGAGAAACUACAUUCAAAGGUGCUUGAAUAUUAUCUCAAUGAGUCAAAGCUCGAUUCUGUGGAUCUUGUCUAUCUCUCCGGUCCAAUCAUGGCUUAUAUGGCGAAGUAUGCCGAGUCAUAUCCCAACCACUUCCUCCAGAAUUCUCCUACCGUUCUCGAGGGAAUAAUCUCGCGCAUCUCACGUGCUCUUGCCAUUCCCUCGGCACAGUGGGCUCAUGGAGAGGCUCCUACCGGACACUUGGCCAUUUUGGCAUCCCUCCCUCGAGUCCUUCUGAUUGAAGCUGACAAGAAUGGUUCAAAUCCUCUUUUGAAAAUUCCCACCAGCCCUCCGAACGGAGAAGCUUUGGAUACUCUAGGUCGCGUUUUUCAUGGGCCAGCACGAACGCAUGUUUCCGACUCAAUGGAUCUGGAUAGUUCGGGUCAAACCCCAACAGAUUGGCAUCAUGAAGCCGCUGCGGCGCGCAUGCUCUACUUCCAAUAUCUCAAUGAGCACCCCACCUUCUGGACUGACGUCGUUGCUGCAGCAGAUAUCCUAGCAAUGAAGGAGGUUGCCUUGGCAGCACUCAACUUCAUCCGAGCCAUUGUUAUGGCAAAGUGGCAACCAUUGCCCCCCGCAUCCCAUGUCUCCGGUGCAUCGUCGCGGUUCCAGCUGCCAUCCGAGGAGAGUUUGGGACAGCUUUCUCCAGCUAUGAAUGGUCUGCUCCCUCUCUCCGGCCCAUGGGCUGUUCUCACUCCACCCGCUCUCACAACCCUUCUGCCAUAUCUGUUCAAGCCUCCCCGGUCAUAUUCGGAGUUUGUAGGUGGCGGUGCAGGUGACUCUCAGAAUAUUGUCUGGAAGGUGGCUACCGCCAAGCAUGAUGUUUUGGAGCUCCUCAGUCACCGGCUCCAGCAAAUCGGGGGCCAGAUGGAAGGAUUUGAAGAUAUUUUGCAGACGCUGCAGCAACGGGCGAAUGAGGGUCCUUGGGGACCGGUACAGCCAGGAGCUCCUCAAGUAGAGGCGACUGGACUGUGA